AUAUAUUUCCCUAUUAAUUCGAUCCUUCUUCCCCAACCCAGUCCAAGCCUUGACCAAGCGCGCUGCCCCCUCUCUCUCUCUCGCCGAUAUAACCAACCCCAAACCCCCACAACGCCGGCCAUCCACACACACACUCCACUGCGCACAAUUCCACCAUCAGCAAUGCCUCCUCCCCUCCGCCUCCUCGCCCUCCUCCUCCUCCUCCACCUCCCCUUCGCCCUCUCCUCCCGCCACCACCACAAAGCCCCGGCGCCGCCGCCCCGGAAGGCGCCUCCUCCGGCGGCCAACUACGCGGCGCCGCUCCCCGUCCUCCUCGCCUGCAACGCCACCCGCUUCCGGCCCGCCUGCGUCGCCACGCUCUCCGCCGCCAACGUCACCGCCGCGUCCUCCCCCUCCGACCUCCUCGGCGCCACGCUCUCCGCGCUCCGCGCCCGCUUCCCGCCGGCCGUCUCCACCGCGCGCUCCGUCCUCGCCUCCUCCAAGAACGUCAACCUCACGACCGCCGCCACCAACUGCCUCACCGCCCUCUCCCUCUCCUCGCACCGCCUCGAGCCGCCGCCCUCGCCGUCGGCGCUCAUGCCCGCCUCCGCCUCGCUCCUCCACCUCUACGACUGCUGGUCCGCCUACAAGUACGUCAACUUCUCGCGGACCAUCUACGAUGCCAUGGCGUACCUCAACGACACCAUCACCGUCAACAGCAACUACAUCUCCAUGCUCGCCGCGCUGAAGCGGUACGGCGACGACACGUCCGCCUGGGCGCCGCCGCAGACGGAGCGCGACGGGUACUGGCCUUCGCCCGCGGCGUCGGGGGCCGACGUGGACGCGCUCGGCGUGCCCAAGGGGCUCCCCGCGGACGCGACGGUGUGCGGCGCCGGGUGCGACUACAGGACAGUGCGGGAGGCGGUGGCGGCCGCGCCGGACAACGGGGGCAAGAGGUUCGUGGUGUACGUGAAGGCAGGCGUGUACAAGGAGACGGUGAGCGUGCCGUGGGAGAAGACCAACCUGGUGCUGGUCGGCGACGGCAUGGGGAAGACGGUCCUCACCGGCGACCUCAACGCGGACACGCCCGGCGUGUCCACGUUCAACACGGCCACCGUAGGCGUGCUCGCGGACGGCUUCAUGGCGCGCGACCUGACGAUCGCGAACACGGCGGGGCCGGACGCGCACCAGGCGGUGGCGUUCCGGUCCACGGGCGACCGCACGGUGCUGGACACGGUGGAGCUGCUGGGGCACCAGGACACGCUGUACGUGCACGCCAUGCGCCAGUUCUACACCCGCUGCCGCGUGGCCGGCACGGUGGACUUCGUCUUCGGCAACUCGGCCGCCGUGCUCCACGACAGCGACCUCGUCGUGCUGCCCCGGCAGCUGCGGCCGGAGAAGGGCGAGACGGACGCGCUGACGGCGCAGGGCCGCACCGACCCGGCGCAGCCCACGGGGAUCGUGCUCCGGGGCUGCCGCGUCAACGGCAGCGACGAGUACAUGGUCUUCUACCGGCAGAAGCCCGGCGUGCACCACGUGUUCCUCGGCCGGCCGUGGAAGGAGUACUCCCGCACGGUGUUCGUCGGGUGCACGAUGGCUGAGAUCGUGCGGCCCGAGGGGUGGAUGCCAUGGAGCGGCGACUUCGCGCUCAAGACGCUCUACUACGGGGAGUAUGAUAGCGCCGGCCCUGGCGCCGGCGGGCGGGGAGGCGGCAGGGUGGCGUGGAGCAGCCAGGUGCCCAAGGAGCGCGUCGACGUCUACAGCGUCGCCAGCUUCAUACAGGGGGACGAGUGGAUACCCAAAGUGAAGUAGGCUUUUUAGUCCUGGUAGCAUGCAUAAUCGAUACCGUCAGAAAAAAAAGAGCAUGCAUAAUCGAGCUCGCGUGGGCUGGUGGACCGGUCGGCGAUGAUCGUGCCACUCGGUCACGGAUGUACUGCAGUCGUUGCAGUUAUGCAAAUGCAGUGGUGCCUAACGCAAAUGGGAGUGGGCGCCGAUCUUGAUCGGUGUUGAUUGGUGAA